GGGUUAAGCUAUUGUGUAGUCCCCUUUUCUCACUUGACUUAUUAUUGUUGAUUUUGAAAUGGCUGCUGCUCGUCGUCGAGCACAGGAGGCUGUAGCACCCCCUCCUGCCCCUGUUGUACAAAUUCAAAGGCGUGCGAAAGACCCCCCAACUUUCGAAGGGAAACCCCAAGACGACGUUGUAGCUUGGUUGGAAGAAUACCAGGAUACUGCAGAUUUUAAUUUGUGGUCCCCAGAAGAGAGUUUACGUCAAGUAAGGUGGGCUUUGACGGGGUUCGCAAAAAAUUGGUACCGGAAUCUCCAACCCCAACCGGCAACUUUUCCCCAAUUUUCUCAAGUAAUUCGGGCUGCAUUUAAACAUCCGGCUUAUGAUUCGGGGAUGGCGUCUCAAUUGCGUAACCGGAAACAAGGAAUUGAUGAAUCCCCGGUUAUGUAUUGCUUUGACAAAUUAAAUCUUUGUAAUCGGGUAGAUCCUAGAAUGACAGAGGGAGUAAAAUUGGACCAUUUGAUUCGGGGAAUGAAGCCAACUCUUGUUGAAAAAGUUUACCCCUCUAUUGAUUUCGCGAACCCUAAUACUGCUGCAUUUGUGCAGUUAGUACAGUUGCAUCAUCAGGCAACUUGGGUCGCCAAUUCCAACGAUUGGGUGCCCCCCGAAACUGAGAAACCUGUUAACCAAUUCCUAGUUACCUCUCCUGGGACUUCCGCUCAUUCCUCCCCUGUAACAGAUGGGCAGAGUAAAUUUAUUACCCAAACCCAACUUACGAAUCAAUUAGAGAAUUUCGAGAAACAAUUGACCUCCAAACUAGAAAAAGACUUAAGGGCGGAGUUGACCAAAUACAAGAGGGAAUUGCGAGAUGAUUUCAAGGAAAUUCAGGAGAAGGGAUUUGGGGAAUUGUUGGAAGGCGUGGGAAAGGCAGUCCGGACCGAAUUAAAGAGAAAUGGAGUGAGUAAUCAGCAGAAAAGGUCAUUUGGAGGUGAAAAUAGUUCGGGGAAUCGAUUUAAUGGUGGAAAUUUUGGGAAGCGCAGACGAACGGAAGAUGGGCGUCCCAUUUGUUAUCAAUGCAACACCCCGGGCCAUAUAGCAAAAAAUUGUGGGAACCAAGGGCGUUCACAUCAACAACCACUUAAGCCCACUAUCGACUCUGUUCCAAAAAACUAGGUUCGGCCCAGGGGAAG